AUGGCAUCUAAACGGCCCCUGGCAUUGCUCAGCCUUCCAACGGCACUGCGACAGACGACAUGUUUCCAAUGCCAAACUCAAGUCCGUGGCAUGCAUAAACUCAACACAGCCCUACGCGUACCGAAACCCACCCCAUUCGUUCCCGAUGUACCCGCCUUCCUCACCCUCAUCGGCCGCAACAUGUCGGCGCACGCUGGCAAGAUUCCCUCCUGGGAAGCACUCUUCACCCUCUCCUCUCAACAACUCAGAGAAUCCGGCGUCGAACCCGCAAGAGCACGGAGAUAUGUAUUAUGGUGGAGAGAUCGUUUUAGGAAUGGUAUUCACGGCAUUGGUGGGGAUUUGACUGAGGUCAAAGAUGGAAUCGCAGAGCUACGCAUCGCUGAAGUGCCGGUUGCGAAAGGGGCAGACGCUCCUGCGACUGUUUCACGAGAUGCUGGAACUAGGAAGGUCAUCGUGAACGUGCGGCCAACAGUCACUCUGCCAGAGGACCCUGCGAACCCGAAACCAAAGGAGGGGAAGAAGAGCAUUUUGGAGGCAUUGGCACCACCUUUGCGGCUGAAAGAGGGUCAGGUCAAGCCAGUGGAGGGGUUCAAGAUCGUGACGGGCAACAAAAUAGGCGGCACGGGCGUGGAAUACAUCAAGGGACACAUGGGCGUUGCGAGAUUGCGUGUACAAGACGGAUUGUGGGAGCAGAGGAGAGGACACAAGGUUGAUGGUGAGCCUGUAUACUACUGUAUAUUUGCGCCUCGCGAUCGUGAACCGGAUUCCUCGCCUUCGGCGCCUCCGAAGUCUGGCCGACACCGCUGA